UGUAGGCAGUCAAUAUUUUCAGUUAUUACUGUUAUGAAGUGGACGAGGGACAUACAUUUUGAAAUUGUCUUUUUAUUAAUAUUUUAGUUGAAUUUUGUUUCGUUUGUCAAGUGGUGGUUUUGUGUAAACAGAAACCUAGUUAACGAAACUACAUCGAUUUAAAUAAAUCGCAGCAGAUCAGUUACUUCCGAAAAGUCAACGCAUGAGCAUUAACUGAAAAUGGCAUCCGAAGCGACAGAAGAUACAUUCGUAAAGCUAAAGAAAGAAGACGUUGGUUAUUUGAAAACUUUCUAUUCCAACGCUACAGUCUCUUGCGUAGCAGAAGCCUGGAAGAAAAAAUCCGUUUCUAUCGUCUCUCCAAAAUCAGGAAGAAUUGUACGACAAAAGAAAGAAAGCUCUGUGAAAGUGAAAACCGAGCAAAAUGGCAAAGAAGGCUUCUUCUCAAGAUUCCUCGAAGAUUUCAAAAAAGCCAAAGUGUCUGACUACGCCUACCAACAGUCUAAUGUUAGACGAAAUAGUGCUUACAAACCUUUUUGGGCAACCAAAGUAGUGAAAUCUGUUGAUGAGGGAGAUAAAAUUGAAGGGACUGAGAUAAGCUCGAAAAAGGUUGAAUUUGUUGAGCAUGGUAACGCAGUUUCUAAUAAAAGUAUGAUCUUUGCUAAGGAAGUGAUUGGAUCGCCUAAAGUGACGUUGACAAGUGCUAAGAUUAAUCAGGAACGUUCUCCAUUGAAGAGGCUCUCAACUGUAGAACAUCAUAAGGAAUAUAGAUUGAAGAUGCCUCCUUGUUACAGUGGUAGCAAAAUGUUUAUGCCUACUGGUGAACAACUGUUUUGGCUCGGCGAGACCCGUCCAUCCAACUUCGGUCCAGCCACAUACCAGGACUUCAAAGACAUCAGGUCUCGGUGCUACGCUGAAGGCAGGCUGUUCGAAGACCCGGAGUUCCCUGCAGUAGACCGCAGUCUUUACUACAAGGAGAGUCUCGAUAGACCUAUUACUUGGUUGAGGCCGGGGCAAAUAUGCGACGACCCGCAGCUGUUCGUGGAAGGGUACAGUCGCUUCGACGUACAACAGGGCGAGUUGGGCGACUGUUGGCUGUUGGCCGCCGUCGCCAACUUAACUCUGCACAGAAAAUUGUUCUUCCAAGUGGUGCCAGAUGACCAGAGUUUCGAUGAAGAGUAUGCUGGUGUCUUCCAUUUCCGUUUCUGGCAGUACGGUCGCUGGGUGGACGUAGUAAUAGACGACCGUCUCCCCACGUACCGCGGCAAGCUCGUGUUCCUCCACUCCUCCGAGACCAACGAGUUCUGGAGUGCACUGUUGGAGAAGGCUUAUGCUAAACUGCACGGAUCCUACGAGGCGCUAAAGGGCGGCUCGACAUGCGAGGCCAUGGAGGACUUCACGGGCGGCGUGACGGAGAUGUACGACAUCGCCGAGCUGCCGCCCAACUUCUACACCAUCCUGCUCAAGGCCUACGAGAGGAACUCGCUCUCGGGAUGCAGCAUCGAGCCGGACCCAAACAUCUUAGAAGCGGAGACCCCAGCGGGUCUGAUCCGUGGUCACGCGUACUCCAUCACCAAGGUCAAGUACGUGGACAUCGAGACCCCCGGCCGCAGCGGCAAGAUCCCGCUGCUCAGGCUCCGGAACCCCUGGGGGAAUGAAGCCGAGUGGAACGGGCCCUGGAGUGAUAAGUCUCCAGAAUGGCGGUUUAUCCCACAAUCUGAGAAGGAAGAGAUGGGUCUAACAUUUGACGACGAUGGAGAAUUCUGGAUGUCGUUCAAGGACUUUGUCAAUCACUUCUCAAGAGUGGAGAUUUGUAACUUGAACCCCGACUCCCUGGACCCUGAGGAGUGUCCUGAGGGCUGCACCAAGAAGUGGGAGAUGUCUGUCUUUGAGGGAGAGUGGGUUAGAGGAGUUACGGCGGGAGGUUGCAGGAACUAUCUUGAAACUUUCUGGAAAAACCCGCAGUACACGGUCACGCUGAAGGACGUGGAUGAAGGGGAUGAAGAGAAUAAGUGUACUAUAAUAGUAGCCCUUAUGCAGAAAAACCGUCGUUCGCAACGUCACCAAGGCUUAGAAUGUCUGACCAUCGGCUUCGCGGUGUAUCGCUUACCCGACUACGGCAGAGUGCCCAAGCCGUUGGACGUCAACUUCUUCAAGUACAACGCGUCGGUCGGUCGCAGUCAGGCAUUUAUUAACUUGAGAGAAGUUAGCGCCAGACCUGGCAGCUACGUGAUAGUGCCGUCCACGUUCGAUCCCGAUGAGGAGGGAGAGUUCUUACUCAGAGUCUUCUCCGAGAAGAGCAAUAAUAUGACAGAGAAUGAUGAAGACAUCGGUAUGGGAGAUGUUGACGAUAGGGUAAAAGAAAUAGCUCCCAACCCAGAACCAGCGGACCCAGUACGUGACUUCUUCAACCGUCUAGCUGGGGAUGACGGCGAGGUGGACUGGCAGGAACUCAAGGAGAUACUCGAUUACGCCAUGCGGGAGGAGCUCGCGAUGCGUCAGGGCGCCGCCUACGACGGCGGGGGGGGCGUCCACCCCGCCCCGCCCGGGGGGGGCGCCGAGCCCAGCUGCCUCGAGCAGCUGCUCUGUGCACUCUGCACUCCCAUCUGCAAGGAGAUCGGCGUGGACCUGCAGCAAGUGCAGCAGCAGAACCAUGAGCAAGUGCAUCUCACGCAGCCGCAGCCGCAGACAGAGUUAAAAGGCCAAGGGUUUUCAAAAGAGGUGUGUCGAAGCAUGGUCGCCAUGUUGGACAAAGAUGGCUCCGGAGGCCUCGGCUUCGAAGAGUUCAAGACUCUGUGGAUUGAUCUACGUAAUUGGCGGGCGGUGUUCCGUCUAUACGACACGGAGGGUCGCGGCGCCAUCCCGCCGCAGCACCUGCGCGACGCGCUGCACUCCGCCGGCUACACCGUCAACGCGCACGUGCUCAACGUGCUCGCUCACAGAUAUGGUUCCUCAGACGGCUACAUUCAAUUCGAUGACUUCAUUAUGUGUUCAGUGCGACUCAAGACUAUGAUCGAUACGUUCAAAGGGAGAUCGUCGGGCGGUGAAUACGCUACUUUCUCUCUGGAAGAAUGGCUAAAUCGCACAGUCUACGCAUAAACGUCAAGCCUAAAUAUGCCUUAUUGUCAAGUAGCUAAGGCCUAUAUACGCAAAAUGUACAUUGAUAUUACCCACUAAAUGUUGCCGUCAUUUUAUAAGACACUUUCCUGCAUAAAAAUUAAUGUUACUAAAAUUAUUGUGGAGUACAAUUUUUUGCAAUUAAGUGUAUGUGAGAUUCAUACGUCUAAGUCACAAAAUAUUUUUUAUAAAUUAAGGUUUAAUGUAAUUAACUACGAUGACUUAAUUUUCACUCUAUACGGGUAUUGUCUCUGUGUAAUUGACUAAAAUAACUAAAAACAUAUUUUUGUAUUCAAUCACUGUUAUUUGCUGUUAUGUCGCGAAAUAGUGUUUAAUUUAAACAGUAUUUUUUUAAUCCACCGAUUAUCCAUUCCAAUGUGCUAGAGCGUUUUGUCUAUGGAUCAUCUAUGGGCAAGACGUCCGUGUUUAGUUCUGUGCGAUUAGCUUUACACAAAAAAGCUUUUUUGUGAAAAAUUAUAUAAAACAUUAUAUAAUAUGUAUCUUAUAAUUAAUGGCACGUUGUUGCAUUGACAAUGCAUUUUUAUAUUUGCAAAACAAUUAUUUAUUUUGACAUUAUUUUUUGUUUUCUUUUUUAAAAGAUCUGAAAUAAAAAACAUUUAUUCGUAAA